UGGCCGCUGCGCUCCCGCCGCUGUCCCCGCGCUGUCCCCGGCCCGGCCCGGCCUCCCCUUUCCCCCGGCACCGCCUCAUGCAACGCCGUGACGACCCCGCCGGCCGCUUGUCGCGGGGACAAGGCCCCGGUGGCCGCGCGCCUCAGCCGCGCCGGCCGCCCCGUGGCGGAGGAAGCCGCGGAGCCACCGUCGGGCCGCAGCCGCCGCCGCCCGGUGUGACGCCGACCGUGGUGGCCUCGGUACAGGGAGGUUCGGCCCCGAUGGUUGGAGGCAAGAUGGAGCCUGAGAAUAAAUACCUGCCCGAGCUGAUGGCCGAGAAGGACAGCCUGGACCCGUCCUUCACGCACGCCAUGCAGCUCCUCACCGCAGAAAUUGAAAAAAUCCAGAAGGGAGAGCCAGCCAAGAAGGAGGAGGAGGAAAAUUACCUGGAUUUAUUUUCUCACAAGAACAUGAAGCUCAAGGAACGAGUUCUGAUCCCUGUCAAGCAAUACCCCAAGUUCAACUUUGUUGGGAAAAUUUUGGGACCCCAAGGCAACACCAUCAAGAGACUUCAGGAAGAAACUGGAGCCAAAAUCUCAGUGCUGGGCAAAGGUUCCAUGAGGGACAAAGCCAAGGAGGAGGAGCUGAGGAAAGGGGGUGACCCCAAGUACGCUCACCUGCACAUGGAGCUGCACGUGUUCAUCGAGGUGUUCGGGCCCCCGUGCGAGGCCUACGCCCUCAUGGCCCACGCCAUGGAGGAGGUCAAGAAAUUCCUGGUGCCUGACAUGAUGGAUGACAUCUGCCAGGCAUUCCUGGAGCUCUCUUAUCUCAACGGGGUCCCAGACCCCAACCGCGGCCGAGGGUCCCAGGCCGGGCCGAGGGCAGCCCCACCCCCUCCUCCUGCCCUGCCAGAGGGCCGUGGGGUUGGUCCCCCUCCUCCUCCUCCCCCUCGGGGUGCCCUGGUUCGGGGAGCCCCCGUGCGCGGGGCCAUGGCCCGGGGGGCGGCGCUGGCCCGGGGGUUCCCCUCCUCCCCUCCCCCCGCGGGCAGGGGAGCCACAGCCGCCAGGGCUCGGGCAGCAGGCGGCCAGAGGAUCCCCCUGCCCCCACCCCUGCCUGAGAGCUACGAGGAAUACGGCUACGAGGACACGUACGUGGAGCAGAGCUACGAGGGCUACGAGGGCUAUUACAGCCAGGCCCAGGGUGAGGAUACAGAAUAUUACGAUUAUGGGCACGGGGAGGCACAGGAAACCUAUGAAGCUUAUGGCCAAGACGACUGGAACAGCUCCAGGCCCUCCCUGAAGGCUCCUCCGGCGCGGCCGCUCAAGGGCGGCUUCCGGGACCAUCCCUACGGGCGCUACUGAAACAAAAAUGGGCAAAAAAAUCCCAAAAUUUGGGCAAAAUCCUGGUUCUUGUCCCUGCCUUGCCCACAGCACACAAGUAAUUGGCUCCCCUGUUUUAUUUCCCUUUUUUUUUUUUUUUUUUUUUCUCCCCUCCAUCCUCACUUUGCAUUUUUUGGCUUCUCGUAGCGGUUUGUCAAAAUGGAUUUUAAAUAGAUUUAAGAGGGGGAAAAAAAAAUUUUUUUUCUUAAUUUUUAUUAUUAUUA